AUGCCUGAAGGAGGCACCAAAACGAAGAAGAACAAAAAGAACAGAAGCAAUGUGAAACCCAAGGACGGGGAGGGCGACAGAUUAAACGACCAAUCUCUCAUCGAACAAAGCAACGAGCAAUAUGAUAAUAUUUCUGGCACGCGAGGAGUGGACACGGAGGCGACGAAUGAAACCACAGAUGGUGGGAGAUCCGAAAAAAUCGAUGAUAUACACGAUUCGCUCAAUGCAUCUACGAACACCAGCACCGGCGAUGAAACCGCAAAAGAAAGCGCCGUUGCAGAGCCACCCUCGUCGGACCGGUUUGAUGCCCUUGUUCGAGAUCGAGACUCUCUCCGCGCCGAAGUGACGGACAUGCGCAAGUCAUUGGAGGAAAUACAAUCCAAACACUACGCAGAGAUGGAAACCCUGCAACAAAAGUUGGCGGAUGCCGAAAGCAAGAAGGACCACGCAGAGACGCAAUUCCAGAAGCUCUUAGAGAGAGUAAAUACCAUCAAAGCGCAGCUGGGUGAAAGACUCAAAGAAGAUGCAGAAGAGCUUGCCCUAGCCAAUUCCAAGAUCGAGGAACUCGAGGAACACAAUUCAAGCCUGAAAGAAGAACUAGACUCGAGGAAUUCGGAGGUAACCCGGCUCUCCAAAGAAAACGAGCAGAAAACAAAUGAAAUUGCCACGCUCAGAACUCGAACAACGCUGUCCCAGCAAAAUUGGCUAAAGGAAAAAAAAGAGCUGCUGGAACAAGAAUCAUAUCUCCAGUCUGAAUUCGAGCAAGCUAAAGAGGCCAUGCAUAACUGGGAAGUUCUCGCCAUGGAGGAGCGAUCUAUCAGAGAGGGCCUCGGAGAGAAGGUUAUUGACCUUGAAGAACAGCUCGCUACCCUUCGAGAUGCUCAUGAAACAGUCACUGCGGACCGCAAUUCUCAACUAGCCACAGUGGACGGGUUACAACGUGCGCUGCAAGAGAUCCAAAUCGCUCGAAAACAAGAACUUCGUGAGCUUGUGGAAAGCUCUAAUACUCAGCUUGAGGAGCUACGACACACACUUCAAGGCGCUGAGAACAAAGCUACUGAAGCUGAAAAAGCUCUUCAAGCCGCACAACAGGAGCUUGAAAGGGUCAGGCCAUUUGAGAAGGAAGUGAAAGAGAAGAAUCUCCUCAUAGGAAAAUUAAGACACGAGGCAGUGACUCUGAACGAUCAUCUAACCAAGGCCCUACGAUUUCUCAAAAAGGGUCGGGCGGAGGAUAAUGUGGAUAGACAUAUUGUAACUAAUCACCUGCUGCAUUUUCUGGCCCUCGAUCGGUCAGACCCAAAAAAGUUUCAAAUUCUGCAGCUUAUUGCGGCACUUUUGGGGUGGACAGACGAACAACGUGAGCAAGCUGGUCUAGCACGCCCAGGAGCCUCGAGUGUGGGUGGCAAGCUCAAAGUACCGAGCAUAUCCAUGCAUCGUACACCCAGCACACCCACAUUAGCCACUGAAUUUAUGGAUAAUGGGCACUCCUCGAAGGAGUCACUGGCAGAGCUGUGGUCCAAUUUUCUUGAGCAGGAGUCACAGGCGAAUCGAAAUCAGGAAACACCCAAACCAUGA